AUAAAUGAAAUAUACACGGACGCAUUAUUUUGGAGUCCUGCUCUUGCUACUUUGAGACAACACGAAAGCGGACAAAAAAGGCAGAUUUCAGAGUUGGAUCCGCAGUUGGAGCCUUUAAGACAUGUGAUACACUUCUCGCAGGCUGGAUAUGGUGACGAUCUCAACUUGCUACUCGGAGCCCCUUUCAUUUCAAACCUUCAUCUAAGAAACAGUCUCACUAGACGUCUCUCACAGAGCCUUAUUCAGUAUAUCGUAAACUUCAUACAUUAUGGUGACCCAAAUAAACACUUCGAGAUUCCAAAUAUCGCCGAGAAUCUAUCGAAAUCGUGGCCGCCAUUCAGUAUAAGAAAUGAAUUAGGCCUGAAAAUGGUUAAACCAGCAAUCGGUUUCAGCACAUCUCCAACCCCUGAGGAUUUGAUUGGAGUGGUUUCAGAUCAUCGAAAGCAAUUCGCAACAUUUUGGACAGAUAUUUUCCCGAAAAUUGCAGCCGUUAAUAGGAAGUCAUCCACCGUUAAGAGCAACCCUGUAACUCACUUUGUGGCACAUCCGAUGAAACCAUACAAGGAUGCCAAGGUGAACAGACUUACGACACCAUCGUCAAGACAAAUAUUGGAACCUACGGCAAUUAGUGACAGAUCGUUUACUCCCUCAAACGAGUCUGUCGAAUUUCCCUCCUUCUACGAUGCUAACCAGACCCAAUGGUACAAUACUCCUCUAAAGACGCUAUCCAAAAAAAUCAAGGAUGAGGAUAAAAGCAUUCUCCUGUUGGUAAUUGUCGUGGGGCUCUCUCUAUUCCUUCUCAACAUAAUCUUCACAGCAACAUUCUACUUUUGCCACCAACAACGCAAAGAUCAGAACAGCAGCAUCCUUAUCCCUGGGUCCGAAGCCGACCACCGUACAAAUAAAAACGAUGCCACCAACAAACCGAUAAACGACAUGUCUAGUUUCCAACAAUCGGUGGUAAAGUUACCAGGACUUGCACCGGUCGUAAACUCACCUUACCAGCCACAGACAGUAGCUCUACCACCGGAUUUUGCCUACAGGACUCUUCAACGAACCCAAAAUCCAAUGGAAAGACAUAUGUACCCUACACCAGUGAACCAGACAUCACCUCUAACAGGUCAUCGUGUGAUGGCUACUCCAGAAUCUAGUUGGAAGAGCGAAACACUUAAGAGAAAUAGUGUCGACAUGAUAUGA